UUUGUCGUUGCAACGUGAGGGAACAUGCAGGAGGCUCACGCGUAGGUAGUUGUGAAAGAUCGGCGGAUCCAGUAGAGUAGACUACCAGUUUGAGUGGACAGAUGCAGUAGUGGAUGACGGGGACAGAACUGGCGUUUAGAUGGUGGGAGAAUAGUAACAGUGGUACGAGUAUAGAGUGGGUGAUGCAUGUCGAGCUGUCUGGAGUUGAUUAUGAGUUUGGCUUGGCGAGGCGGUAGCGAGGGAGGAUGCACAAUUCUGUUGCACAGUUGUGUCUACCCCGCAGUUCACGUACAAGGGUCGCAAUUGCAACGAGAGAUAAAUUUCUACAUCAACAACAAAAUGCGAGGACGAGGAAAGAAAUAUGUCGCUCUUUGGAGGAGGAGGAGAUGACAGUGGAGCAGCGUCGCCUAGUCAAGCAAGCGACUUUUCCAUCAGCACCAUCGACGACGAACAAGCGCACACGGCGCGUUCAGAAGGCUCACCCGACACUCAAGCCGGUCAAGAGGAUCACAACGACCAUGCCGAUCUUGAAGAGGAGACCGACGGGGGUACUGGCGGGGGUGUAGAAGAGUUGGACGAUCGCAGGAACAACAGGAGUCCUUCCGCAAUGUCAGACACCAGCGAGUUCGACGUUCGGCCCAAUCGCUUCCGAGGCUCAGACCGCGCAUGGCUUCACCUUACGAAUGCCGAUCGGACUCUUGCUGGCUCGCUUGAUCAACUCAAGGCAGACGACCUGUCCUCGCACCUCUACAGCGCUCACCACCUGAAGGCUCGCUUGCGCCAACAAACAUCACCAUCUUCGUGUAAAGCUUGGAGCAGAAAGAGUCGUUGGCUUUCGACCAAUCAAGCCCUUCAGAAGCCAUGGUAUCCUGAGUCCGACUGGACCGCCUGGCCACUGCCUCCGGAUGUCGUCCCAGCUGGUGCUGAAGUCUUCGGCCGGCCCAACGACGGCCUCGAGACCUUCACUCUUCGCAAUCCUCGACAAGCCACUCCGACUGACAACCUGCGAGACCAACUGCACGUGGUCAUUCUAGCACGAGCACACCAGUCUUGGAAAACUAGCAAUGAUCGCCGUCCUGAAGCGACUGAUCUCAUGGCCGUCUCUGUUGCUACUCCUGAUCGUCGCUCUCCAGCAAGACGAGCACGAACUCGUUCGGUCUCUGCUGGUCCAACUUUGGCUCCUUCUUCGCCAUCGCUCGCAGAUCAUCUGCCUCCGCUGUCGUCGCUUGAUCAAUCUGUCAUUGAACAACCCGUUCAGAAUCCUGCCGACACACCUCGAGAGAGCUCCGUCAAAGAUGAAGGCGAAAAGGUACAAGACAAGAAUCCCGCACGUCCAGUCUUCUCUGCCGACGACGACCGCUCUCGUCGUAUUCUUGAUCCGACUGUCAACCACAUCAUAUCAAAGCUGGACAAACUGCUUCUCGCCUUGCAUCAAAGCAGACAAGCCCAUGUACACCGACCGAGAGAUGGAGAUACGUCAGACUCUUCUGCACGUUCGAAUUCCCGAUCUCGCUCGUCACCUAACAAGUCUUCGAACAAAAAGUCCGUCAAGAAGUCAGACAAAGCAUCUCAGAACCAGACUGGCAUUGCUCCGCUUAGACAAAGCCGUCGUACAGAAUCUGCCUCUGCCUCUCGGGCGACAAGUCCGCAAGACCUUGUCAUGUAUGACGAUUCUGGAGAAGAUGAGACCUGGGAGCCGGAGAAGCCCAGACGACAAUCUCGCUCGCCGAGUAAUAGAGCAUCGUCGCCGGAGCCCGACGUACAGACUACCUCGCCAAGUGGCAGAAAACGACGCAAUCCUCCGAGACCGGGCUUGAGAGAUUGGAGUGAAGUGCUGGGUUUAGCCAGUCUGACCGGAUGGGACCCUCUAGUGCUCGAACGGACUCGUCAGCGAUGCAGCGAUCUGUUCAAAGAAGACAUGGACCUCUUCACCAUGCCUGAACAUGACGACUCUUCUGCCGAUGAAGCUGAAGUCAUGCAUCAACAAUCAUACACUCGGUCAACUCAAUCAGCGAGUUGGCGAUGUCCUUUGACUAAUUGCUUCCGCAACAUGCAGCCCCUUGACCAAGGCUUCCGCUGGCGUGAGCACAUGCGCAAGACGCAUCGGUACGACAAUGAUCAGAUUGCAAAGCUCGAACAGCAAUUGAUCAAAUCUGGCGAUAUUGCUCCUGGUGCAAAGCGUCAUCAUGUGUUGGCCCACAAUCCUCGAGGUUGGCAGCCUCCAGAUCCGCUCAAAUGUCCGCACUGCUCCUCUUCUCAACAUGUCUUUGCAAAAGUCAGUCGUCUGUUGGAUCACAUCAGGCGCGGGCACAAAUAUGAUCCACGCAUUCAAGACCCGCCAGAGAAGCUGUCGAGAGAGAUGGUUGAUCAGGAUGAAGGUAUAGACUCCCAGAAAUCGAGUAGCUCUGAUGAUGAUAGUGAUGGCUAUAUGGUGGGCGGUGUACACAAUGAUGGAUUCCUACAACCAGUACUCAGACAUGCUGGCUCGAGAGGAAAGGAUCUUGAACAAAGAGCAAAGAGAGCAAACGCUCGUCGCUCAAAGGUCGAGUUGAAAAAUGCGAAAAAGCGACAGUAUUUCGGCAGUGCUGAUAUGUAAAGUCGGAAAGCUAGAAGGUGAAUAUAGAAAGAGACAUGAAUCCAACGCUUUAGACGUCUCAUCGUGAGUUUUCAGUCAUGUGAGAGCCCGGCGAGUCCCAAUGUCAAGCUUCAAGUCGGUAAUCGAUGUGGAGAAGUCACGAUCUUCCUCACGUACACCCUGAGGCAGGUACUACCCUCUCUGAUGACACGC